CCCGAUUGUUGUCAUCAUGAUUUUGCAGACAAUAUUUGGGUGCAUGGACCUUACAGGAUGGCUUGUGUUCAGUUUUGUGUUGCUGCUGGUGGCUGAUGUGAUCAGAAACUGGACGCCGACCAACUUUCCACCUGGACCCCGGGCUCUGCCUUUUUUGGGGAAUGUCUUUACUGGAGUGGACUUCAAAACCAUAGAUAAGCUUGCUGAGGAGUUUGGCCCAGUGUUCAGCUUGAGGAGAGGCAGUGAAAGGAUGGUCUUUAUCUCAGGUUUCAAGAUGGUCAAAGAGGCCCUUGUCAACCAGCUGGACAGUUUUGCAGACCGACCUGUUGUGCCACUCUUCCAUGUUGUCUUCAAAGGCCUUGGCAUAGCCUUAAGCAACGGUUACCUGUGGAGGAUGCAGAGGAAGUUUGCCAACACCCACCUGCACAGCUUUGGAGGAGGCAAGAAGUCACUGGAGAAACAUAUUGAACUGGAAAGCACCUUCCUGUGUGAAGCAUUUAAAGAUGAACAAGGAAGACCAUUCAACCCCCACUACAUCCUGAAGAGUGCAGUUGGUAAUGUCAUCUCCGCUGUGGUCUUUGGACAUCGCUUUGAGUACAGUGAUGAAGGUUUUCAAAACCUCCUGCGGUUGGACAAUGAGGCUGUUUUGCUUGCUGGGACAGCCAGGGCUCAGCUCUAUGAUGCCUUUCCGGGCCUGUUGAAUUACCUGCCAGGACCUCACCAGACCAUCCACUCCAACUACAGGAAGAUCGUAGCUUUUCUGCAGAUGGAAAUACAGAAGCACCAGGAGGAGUGGAACCCAGAGGAACCUCGAGAUUACAUAGACACAUACUUGGCAGAGAUUGAGAAGAGAAAAGGGGAUCCCCACGCUGGCUUCAACACAGAGACCCUGACAAUUUGCACACUUGACCUGAUUGAGGCUGGGACAGAGUCCGCUGCUACCACUUUACGCUGGGCGCUGGUUUUUAUGAUGAACUACCCAGAGAUACAGGAGAAGGUCCAGGCAGAGAUAGACAGAGUGAUCGGACAGUCCCGUCAGCCCACAAUAGCUGACAGACCAAACUUGCCUUAUACUGAUGCUGUCAUCCAUGAGACUCAAAGGAUGGGAAAUAUUGUCCCCCUGGGAUUCCCCAAAAUGGCUGGUAAAGAUGCCAAGCUGGGAGGAUAUUUCAUUCCCAAGGGUACAGCCAUUACUGUAAACCUUUCAUCUGUGCUGUUUGACAAGAAUGAGUGGGAGACUCCUGACACUUUCAACCCUGAGCACUUCCUGGAUUCAGAGGGCCAGUUCCGCAGAAGAGAAGCCUUCUUGCCAUUUUCAGCAGGUAAACGUGUGUGUCUCGGUGAGCACCUGGCUCGGAUGGAGCUCUUUGUUUUCUUUGCCUCCCUGCUCCAGCUUUUCACCUUCACCCCUGUUCCUGGAGAAAUGCCGAGCCUGGAGGGUGUGCUCGGCUUCACCUAUUCCCCUGAGGAGUGCAAGAUACUUGCCCUUCCACGAUGAAUUUCUCACCCUGGGCAGCUCCUUCUAUCCAAACACAAUUCCUUUAUGACUGGAAUCUCUACAGCCACUUUUGCAUACCACAAAGUAUAGAUUAUAGAUGUCAGCAACUGUGUGAAAUUGGACAUAUCUGAAAUUUUCUCCCCAGUUCUAACCUGCUAUAUUUGUAUGAAUUGUUUUAUUAUUAUCAGUAAUACUAUUGGAGGGGCACCCAACAACUCACCCUUGCUACACUGUUAGUUGUAGACAUAAAUUUGAGGCAGCUAUUUUGGAUUUUUUUACACACUGUGAAACCAUGACAGUAGUCACUGCUGUUGAAUUUCUACAUAUAGGUCAAAGAUGUCAUUUUUAAGACAUCUGCCAAAACAAUGCUGACAUUCUGAGAUUUACAGCCAUUUCAAUUUGUUGUGUUUUGAUAAAACACCAGUACCCACAAUGCCUGGUGGAGAAAGUAGAGAUCUCUCUGUGUUCGUGCUCUGGGAAUCGUUCUAUAAUGCAUCUAUGGUGGUAACCCAUCAAUUGCUUCUGUCAGCUAUGUUUUUGAUGAUAAUAUUUUUUGGUCAAGCAAACAAAGGAUAUGCUUACUAAGAGAGGUCAUUUCUCCGAAUUAUGCUACAGAACUCUGACAAAAUAUGCAAAAUGCUAAAAGUCUAAUCUUGUAAAAUGACACCAUUACAUUCAGGACAUUGGGAUUGAGACUAUACCAUUGCUGUCUGUUUGAAGCAUGUGAAUUUAAUCACAUUAUUCUACUUUUCUCUGU